GAGAUGACACCCCUCCUGGCCCUGCUCUGUCUGGGGCUGAGUGUGGGCACCAGGACACCAGUGCAGGCAGGAACCCUCCCCAGACCCACCCUCUGGGCUGAGCCAGGGUCUUUGGUUCCCUGGGGGAGCACCGUGACCCUCUGGUGUCAGGGGACCUUAGGGGUCAAGACGUUCCAUCUGUAUAAAACGGGAAGCUCAUCGCCCUGGGAAGUGCAGUUACCACUGGAGCCAGGGGACAAGGCUAAGUUCUCUGUCUCUUACAUGACAGAUUCAGAUACCGGGAUUUAUUACUGUUCCUUUCUCAGCCUCACAGACAGGUCAGACUACAGUAACCCCUUGGAGCUGGUGGUCACAGGCCUUGACCGCAAACCAUCUCUCUCAGUCUCUCCAAGUCCUGUUGUGGCCUCAGGGGAGACUGUGACCCUCCAGUGUGGCUCAGAUCGGGGAUUUGAUACAUUCAUUCUGACUCAGGAGGGAGACCCUGAGAGCCCCUGGAAACUUGGUUCACAACGAAUCCCCAGUUGGCAGCACCAGACCCUGUUUAGUGUUCAUCCCAGUCCCCUCCGCCACAGGUGGUCCAUUCGAUGUUAUGGCCUUUUCUCAAACACACCCCAGCGCUGGUCUGACCCCAGUGACCCGCUGCAACUCCUGGUCCUAGGUGCAUCUGAAAAACCCUCCCUGAUGAGCCUGCACGGCCGGAUUGUGAGCCCAGGACAGACCUCGACCUUGCAAUGUCACUCUAAGAACACCUAUGACAACUUUGCUCUAUACAAGGAGAAGAGCCAGAACGUCUACCAGCACCCUGGCCAUCAACCGAAGGCCGGGCUCUCUCAGGCCGACUUCCCCCUGGGUCCUGUGAGAGUCUACCAUGGGGGUCGGUAUCACUGCAUUGGGAGACACAAUUCCACCUCUCUAUGGUCAAAGCCCAGUAACCCUGUGGACAUUCUGGUGGCAGGACAGUUCCUCUACCCUCCAACCCUCUCAGUGGAGCCAGGCCCCUCCGUGUCCCCAGGAGACAAUGUGACCCUGCUGUGUCAGUCCAGAGACUGGAGAGACACUUUCCUGCUGGCCAAGGAAGGGGCAGUCAACCCCCCGCUGCACAUCAAAGUGGAUAAGACAGAGACCCAGUUCUUCUUCCACCCUGUGACCUCAGCCCACAAUGGCACCUACAGGUGCUACAAAUCCGACAGCUCCAGCCCCUACAGCCUAUCACACCCCAGUGCCCCUCUGCAGCUCCGGAUUUCAGAUCCACUGCUCAUCGGGCUGUCCACGGCCUGCGCCCUGUUUGGGCUCCUCCUCCUCUUCCUUCUCCUUUUUCUUCGCCACUGCCGCCACCGCCGCCAGCAGGCUGGACACCGCAAGUCAGGUCCCACCACAGAGCUCAAGUCCAGGAAGACAGCCCAGGUGACAGCUACAGGGAGGAUGGAUGGCUAA